AUGACUGGAAAGACCAAGAAAGAUAUUCAUGCGUCGCGAAGGUAUUGCGCUCUAUGCGUGGAUCACCCGACUGCUGGAGAACGCAUAAUCGACCUCGAGGAGGAUGGAUUUCCUCUACAAACUGUACCCGAUUGUGAAAAAAACUGCGUAUUCUGCAAGGCGGAGCCAAACCCAUUGCUAUGCAUUCAUACAAGGUGUCUUCGGCUUCUAAUGGCCAGCUACGAGCCAUCUGACAAGCCGUCCUUGAAGGAUAUCAGGAAAUUCGCACUUGCCACGGAAGAGAUCUAUCCAAAGUCCUAUCCAGAACGUGGAAAUCCUGGAACCGUUUUAGAGGGUCUGGCAUCCAGGUAUACUGCCUGUAUCAUUCCAGAGCCCUUCAAGGAAGACUUCUUUGGUAAAUUACCCCCUGAGAUACGACGCAGGAUCUCGGAGUUUGUUGGUUCAUGCUGGUACUUGACUAUCCUAGGAGAGACGCGACGGCUCAUUGACUAUGGUAGACAGAACAAAGAGCCUCAGGAAGAUGAACUCGACCUCACCAAAGACAUAUGGAUGUCGCGAAUUAUCUGUAGGGAUCAUUCUUACGUGGCACAGCUCAGCAACACACCACUAAAGGCAGCUGAAGGGGCUGAUGUGUUUCAAGUUCAGCUGCCUCGGAAUAUUCACAGAGUUAUUAUUUCAAAGGACCACAUCGGUGUGCGUGGGAUUCAGUUUCUCAACCGUGAUGCUACUCCGACAGAAGAUCAGUCACCCUGGUAUGAGAUAUUCAACGUGCAGAAUUCUCAUCCAAAACUAGGGGUAUACCGUCAUAUAAUUGCAUUGGUUAAUAGGCAAUAUUCAGGGUCGGAAUCCCUGACAUGGACCUCGCCUUUUGCGCCCGCUCUCCACCAAUCGGUCCAAACUCCCUUUAUCCGGGUGAAUUCGGUUAGACUGCAUUACACGAAACUUGGUCCCCAAGUCCAAGGCCUUCUUGUCUGCUGUACCAUCCAUGGAAUUGUCGGGUUUCACGAUUUCUCCGGCACAAACAAAAUGUUCGAUAAAUUCAUUGAAGAGAUGCAUCAACGCGUAGGGCGGGACGACAGCCUCCCCCAUGUAUAUUGGAUUUAUUUUCCACUCAAUGAUCAGGAACAGAUCCAGGGAGCCUGGCUCCGGGGCUGGACUAUUGCCCCGGGGUACAGAUACAUCGACGGAUUGACGCUGCAAACCUCUCUAGGAAGAAACGUAACCUUUGGGGCCCAGGCUCCGGAUCACUAUCUCGCGAAUCGGCGGUAUCAUCCUAUGCUCCGGGAUGUUGAUGGACCUGUUUCCGGAAUCUAUCAUGACGGCAUGGAUCCGGGGUCCAGCUAUGUCACGGUGUGCGGAGUUACCUGCCAUAGCCCUCGCAAUGGCCAGACCCCAGUCUUGGUCCCAAUACGUGAUAUAUCGGAGUUUCCAGGCGGCAAUCGCAACAAAUUGUUCGAACACUGGUUUAUGACCAAGGCCACACUGAGAGGUCUUGUUCAGGUCCAAGUAUGCAGGGAUCAGAUGAGAUCACAUCAUCCCUGUCUGGGCAUGUUAAUGUUCUAUGACGACGGUCAUGUCGAGUCCAGUGGACAGAUCCGCUGGGAUUACGGACUGGGUGAAGAUAUAUGCAGUCCUAUCAUUGUUGUGAAAGGAGUUAAUGAUGGGCGGGAGUAUAUUCAAGACAUCCGAAGUGCAAAGGACAAAGUAGAGUCUACGGUUCAUCCGGGUGACCAGCAGGUUCUGCCUGCUGAGGGAAUACUCGCAUGGUGGUUUUGUGAGGUGGAAGAUAGGCUUGCCAUUUACGAUGACUAA